CAAACCAAACAAGAUGGCGGCCUACAACCACCACUUGUUAUCGCUUAUACCGCUGUUUUACUGCUUUCUUCUUACUUCAGCCAACACUUAUAAAGACGAAGAGAAGAUUCCAAUAUUUGUCAACAAAGUUGGACCAUAUUUCAACCCUCAAGAGACCUAUCAUUAUUACUCUUUGCCAGUAUGCAGACCAAGCAAGGUAGAACAUCGCAGUUUAACGCUUGGAGAAGUUCUAAAAGGUGAUCGCAUGGCCGUAGCCAUGUAUGACAUUCACUUUAAAACUGAUAUAGAAAAUAGAGUGCUAUGUGAAGUAUCAAUGAGUAAAUCAGGAUUGGAGACACUAAGGUCUGCAAUAGAAGAUCUGUACUAUUUUGAGUUUAAUUUUGAUGAUCUUCCAAUACGGGGGUUUAUUGGUCACCUAGAAGAAGGGCAUAUUCUUCCACACAGACAUAAAAUUUACUUGUGGAGUCAUCUUCAUUUUGCCGUGGAGUAUAAUGGAAAUCAGGUCAUUACAGCUAAUGUGACAACAAAUGGCCACGAACCUGUUAGCCUGGAUGACAUAGAGAAGUUUCCAUUCAAUGUACAGCAUACUUACAGUGUUUCCUGGAAGCCCACCAGUGCCAAAUAUUCCGAAAGAUCCAAGCUAAGCACAGCAAAAUUUUUCCCUAAAAGCCUGGAGAUCCACUGGUUGUCAAUCAUAAAUUCUGUGGUUCUUGUCUUCCUCUUGAUGGGAUUUGUUGUUAUUAUCAUGAUGAGAGUUUUAAGAAAUGAUUUUGCCAAAUAUAACUUGAAUGAUGACAUGGAUGUUGAUGAAAUGGAUGGUGAUGAUUGUGGCUGGAAGAUCAUUCACACUGAUGUGUUCAGGUUUCCUCCAUACAAGGGUACACUAUGUGCCAUUCUGGGAGUUGGUUGUCAGUUUCUGACGUUAUGUUUCGGCAUCAUAAUAAUGGCGAUGCUAGGAAUGUUUAAUGUUCACAGGCAUGGCUCCAUGAAUACUGCAGCUGUACUUCUCUAUGCCUUAACUUGCUGUGUGUCUGGUUUUGUAUCAAGCUCAUUCUACAGAAAGAUUGGUGGCACAAAGUGGGUUUGGAUUAUUGUACUGACAGCAAGUUUGUUCUCAGUUCCUUUCUUUUUGGUCUGGAGUUUCACCAACUCAGUUGCUUGGAGCUAUCAAUCCACACAAGCACUUCCAUAUACUACUAUAAUACUACUCAUGUUUAUUUGGCUUUUGGUUGGUUUUCCAUUGACAGUCAUUGGAGGAAUAUUUGGUAAAAACUGGACUACAAGUUUUGAUGCUCCUUGUAGGACCAAGAAUAUCCCACGAGAGAUUCCUCCUAUUCCUUGGUAAAACUACCUUAAGUCGUAUGCAUUUAUAAUACAAUGUGGGGACUUUGAUGAACUAUGGGUUUUCUGGGCUGUAAUGGCAUGGUAUAA